CCAAGGCCCGCCUGGCUCGGGGGAGGCCUUGUGGACUGGGUGCUGCUCCGCCAGGGCGGCGCCCAGCAGAACACGCAGCCCAGGUGUCUUGGGUGAGGGGCCUGGGGCUUGCUCGCUUUGGUGGGUGGGAUGAGGUCCAGUUCCUGCUGGAGAGGCGGCAGUUUUGAUAACUAAAGCAGUGUUUUGAGGAUGGUGACCAACAGGAACCCGUCUUCAUUACCCAGCUGCGCCCUCCCCUGCCCCGGACCCGGCGGGCGCCUGCAACCCCCACCGCCCGCGAGCCGCCCACAGAAGGCGUGCCCUGGAGCCAAGCACCCCUCGGCGGCCACCUGCGGGGCCCGGGCAGCCGGGUGUGGGGCGCGAACCGAAGAGCGCGCGGCGGGAGCAGCGGUGGCGGAGGAGGGGCCGGAGCCGGGAGCGCGGCCGAAGGUCGCCCCGUCCUCCAGCGGCUGCCACUUGACUGAGCCGUGCGCGGGCGCGAAGGCGGCGCCGCUGGACCGCGUUCUGCCUCUGCCUGGCCUCGGUUCCGCCGCCGGGACGCCGGCGAGCCCCCCUCUACCCGGAACAACGCCCGCCGCGGAGCUGCCGAGAGCGGUCCGCCGCCCGCCGGGCAGCCGCAGCGGGGCGCACGGGCGCGGGGCGCGCAGCUGGCCGGGCGGUGAGUGGCCCGAGUGCACAUCUGGGAGGAGCGCGCCGGGCUGGCGUGCGUCUGUCCAUCUCGGCUCGGCUGCUGUGCCCUGCUGAUUGCCCGGGGCGGAAAUCAAAUCAACGAGUUCCAGGAGGUUUGAAUUAACAGCGGACGCCCCUUGGCCAGCUGUCCGCUGAUGAAGGAGCGAGCCCCCGGCGUUCAAGGCAUUUCGCUGGGAGUUGCGGUGUCAGCCGCCUUCCUACCUGCAGAGCGGAGGAGGAUUUUCAGAUAAACACUACACCUGGAGAGUGGUGAGGGGGAGCACUGACUACUGCAGUGGCCUCUGGACAGAACACGCUGGGCGACAUCACGUGGACAAAACCUGCCCUGGUUGCUUUCCCAAAGAUGCUGAAGUAGUCAUUUUCUAUUGCU